CACAGAACCCUGGAGUCCACGAACACUUUUAAUAAUACGCGUGUUCCCUACAUGUGCCGACACUAGCAUACCGCCACCCAUCAAGCUCGGCGGAGAUGAGCGCGGAGGGUAAUGCCAUUGAUAAACGCCAUCAACCGGGGUCAGGGUGUGAUCGCCUGCGAAAUGGCCUAAUGCGGGUCGGCCCUGAGAGCUUCACGACUCUGGCGCCUGAGCCAAUUUAUCAAGCAUCUGUGGCUUUCUCCGCCGAUGCCAAAACACAUGGUCAGCGUUAGGGGAGGCGAAACCCCUAGGACGAGCUAUUACAAACGGCGAACGACCUGAAAGUCUGAACGCCGUCAAAUUUGGUGCAAUCAGAUGCAUUUCCGCCCGGUCACUAUGCUAUCAUUGUUGGGGUAAGCCGUCUGUUUGCAAUGUGAUCCUCCACUUUCCAUGGAUUUGCUUUUGUCCCAAACACCUGGAGAGCUUGAUAACAACCCGGAUGAAUUCCGCCACCAUCUUGCCAUGUGCUACUGAUACUUAAACAUCGCCGUUUGCUGUCACACAUGCGACUCAACACCUGCUUGCCUGUUCUUCCGAUCCAUCUUCGGUCAACUUUUACAUCCUCUGAAGCAGUGUGAACCCAACCAAGCAUGACACCGGACAAAGCCAUGGAAGGUAGCCGAGAAGACAGACCCUUCGUACCGGGGACGGUACAUCUCGUUGAUUUAGAAGGGACCAUGCAUGCCAAACACGCGUCCAAAGGGUCCAAAGAUAUUGUUCUUGUUCCUGCACCGAGUAGCGACCCUGAUGAUCCUCUCAAUUGGAGCCCGCGCAGGAAGCUGUUGUCAACGUCCUGCAUGUGCGUGUACACGCUUAUGGUCGGCAUUGCCAGCGCCGCGAUUUACUCCGUCCUUGUCCCUAUAAGCGAAGAUACGGGCCUCACACUUGGAGAUCUAAAUGCUGGCACCGGAUACAUGUUCCUAUUCUUCGGAUGGGGCUGCCUUAUCUUCCAGCCUCUCGCUCUGCAGUACGGCAAACGACCUAUUUAUCUCCUCUCAUUGCUAGCCACCCUGGCCAUCCAGGUUUGGGCACCAUACACCAAAACAAAUGGACAAUGGAUCGCGAACAAAAUUCUCCAAGGCUUUUUUGGUGCCCCGAUCGAGUCCUUGUGCGAGAUCUCGGUGACAGAUAUCUACUUUGCCCACGAGCGUGGAUUCUACAUGGCCAUCUACGGACUCUUUCUGGCCGGCUCGAACUUCUUCGCCCCCAUAAUAGCGGGAUUCAUCGCUAAUGGUCAAGGGUGGCAAUGGGUGUUGUACUGGGCAGCAAUAUUCAACGGGAUUGGCUUCAUAUACUGCUUUUUCCUGAUGGAAGAAACCAACUACUCCCGAAAUACUCUCGCUGGUCAGGAGUCAAGGGAGCAAAGCGGAACCCAAACCCCGGUCCCUGAUGAGACAGACAAGAGCACUGUUCCAGAUGAGAAGACUGUUUAUCAGACUCCAGGGCCAGCAACCGAAGAGGGGGUUGGCUCGACGAUACUGCCAAAGAAGUCCUAUACGCAGAAACUGAAGCUCUUCCAACCUGGCUCUUUCUCCAAGAAGAAUGAGAUUCCAGGCAUGAUGCUUCGGCCGCUCCUUUAUGCGGUCUGUUUUCCUGUGGUUGCAUAUUCUGGCUUCUCCUAUGGCAGCAACUUGGUAUGGUUCAACGUGCUCAACGGCACCGCAUCUCUCAUCCUCUCCGGAGCGCCGUACAAUUUCUCCAGUAGCAUGGUCGGACUGAGUUACGUUAGCCCCCUGAUUGGGGUCUUCCUCGGUGCAGCAUAUACGGGCAAAUUCGGCGAUUGGUUCAUCGUGAAAUAUGCCCGUCGCAAGGGCGGCAUCAUGGAAUCCGAAUAUCGGCUGUGGCUGUUUACAGCCUCCCUGGGGUUGAUUCCCUUUGGUCUCCUGCUCUGGGGGAUCGGCGCCUACCAUCACGUCCAAUGGUUCGGCUUGAUCUUCGCAAUGUGUAUCAUCGCUCUGACCAACACCAUCGGCCUGCAACUCAGCGUGAGCUAUUGCAUCGACAGCUACCGCGAUCUGGCGGGCGAGACUAUCAUCACGGUCAUCCUCAUCCGGAACACCAUGUCAUUUGCCAUCGGGUACGGAUUGACACCAUGGGUCACCAACAUGGGUUACCAGAAUGCGUUCAUCACGGCAGCGUUUGCGGGGUUGGCACAGGCGCUUACCUUUUUGAUCUUUGUCAAGUAUGGGAAAUCUCUCCGCGUACGCUCGACGGACAGGUAUCUCAAGUUUGUGAAGGAAAUCACCGAUGCUGGAUUGACGCAUUAAGCUUCCAGGGCUGGUUGCCGCCUGGGUACUGUACACCUAUCAUCGAGUGCUAUGCAUGUGCGGUAGUCGGAAGUACAAUCAGGACGCACAUCUUGUGCAUGAAUAUACACCCCGAUACAGCGCGAUGUGGAUUAGGAAACUGUAUUCCUUGUUUUGAGGUUCAAAUUUGCCAAGUAGGCCUUGUGCGUAGGGAUGUUUCU